AUGGAUCUCCAAAAAGAUCAAUCUGUGCAAGAAGAAGAUGGCUUUAUCGACAUUCAGCACGCCGACGUCGAUAUGCCAGAUAGUGAGGCGGAUGAUGCCACACACUCAUCAACUGCGCCCCAUGAACUUCAGCGAUUCUCAAACAACUUAGAUCCAGAGGACGCCGUUGACGACCACGAAGACGAUUCUGAGGAUGACCACGAUGCCAUGGCAAAUCAUCCUCUGCUAAGUAUGCUGACCGGCCGCUUGGGUGCACGCCGUCGUGGCUCUUCUCACGAAUGGGACCAUCUCCAUCCUGAAAACCAAGCAUUGUCAGUUGCCAAUGCUGAUGAAUGCUUUUCUGUCGAAGAGUCGGUGUUUCCACCCGAGGAGAGGGCGAGCCGCGAAAAGUUUCAUUAUCGGCUCACACGUUGUCCAGAGUUGAGUCUCGGCUUGUUCACUCAGCCCACCAAAGCUGAAGCGGAAGGUUCCUCCACUCCUGCAAAGAGGAGGUUGAUGGCUCAUGUUGUCUCGACCCGAAGUCCGGCGCCGUGCGUGACCGAGGCGUCUAUGAAGGUCCCUUCAAACUGGAGAAACAGACGAUCUUCGCUACCAUCAAGCACUGAAGUGGAACUUGAGGGUCAUCAGGAAACUGGGGGCACGAUUUGCUUGCACUCUUUAGCAGUGGCUCCCGAGUUUCAGAAGAUGGGCCUCGGGACAGUAUUGAUGAAGUCGUAUAUCCAACGCAUGAAAGACUCUCGAUGUGCGGAAAGAAUUGCCUUACUGGCCCAUGACCAUCUCAUUCCAUUCUACGCCAGCCUGGGAUUUGAAAACAUGGGCCCUAGCACAGUGACAUCGUGCGGUACGGGGUGGAAUAACUUGAUUCUCGAGUUUUCUCACGACGAGGACGACUAG